GGACACACAGACAGACAAGUAAACUCCCUACAGAGCCGCGAGCUAGGGACGGAGGUUCCCGAGAUGCGCACGAGCUUCCUUUGAUUUGCUGCUCCGUUAAACCUUCACAUUCACCUGGAAGACUGUCUAACCUGAAGACGGGAGGGAUUUUAGAUUUGGAAAAUAACAUUGAGACACAUCUUUGUAUUUCUGGAUUAACAAACACAAACAAUAUUUAAAAAGGGAUUUCACAAAUUAAAGAGAACAGAGAGAGAACGUUUGAAUUGGGAACUAUGUAAGAAAAUAACAGCCGGUGAUUACAUUCGGGAUUUUCUGAAUCCAUUUACGCACUGGAAGCGCAGUGGAAAUUACCGGAGAUUCAGAACUUUCUUAACCCAAUAACAUUACAUUUAUUUUGCGUUGCAUAAUACGACGUUUGAAUUUAUAUUAAUGCGUUUUGUGGACUUAUCCUAGGACUUAUUCCCAGGCUUCUGGAAUUGGAAAACGCACCGAGGUUUGACCACUGACUAGUAUACAUCAAAGGGACUCGCAACUUACACAAGGUUCUCAAGAAUCUCAGAGUCUACUGAUGCAGCCAUGGGCCGAUCAUUGGGUCUUUGAGCGCAACCUUCCUUCCUCUCCUCCUCCAACACGUUCUUUUCUUCUUCCCCCUCUUCCCUAGCCCUUUAUAGCUGGAAGUUGAAUCCUCCAGAAACUAGUCAUCAGCCUAAAAUAGCUUGUCCUUUCCUUCAUCUGCAAAUCAUGACAAGCAUUGUUUAUCAGAUUCCUAUGCCUGGCCAGUCAAGGUGGCCUCUCCCAGUGCUCCUCUUGUAUUUUGCCCCUGUAUUGCUAAUGGAGAGCCGGUGUCAUGCAGCCCCCUCGGGACCGGAGUCUGACUCCUGCUCCACCUUAGUCCAGAGCCGCUUCUUUGGCUUCUUCCUGUCAUCAUCAGUGUUCCCCACAGUGCCUUGUUCCUGGACCCUCCAGAACCCUGAUCCACGCCGCUACACCAUCUUUAUUAAGGUGACCAAACCUACAGAUGACUGCGUGCCAUCACAGCUACACACUUUCCAAUAUGACUCCUUCCUAGAAACUACACACACCUACCUGGGCAUGGAGAGCUUUGAUGAGGUGGUGAGUUUGUGUGACACCUCUGCCCCAGUGGCCUUCCUGGAGGCUGGAAAGCAGUUCCUCCAAAUGAGGAAAGGACCUCCUCGGGUGGGCAAAGCUGUCACAAACAGUGAUGGGGAUUUCAAAACAGAGUACCUGGUGGUGGGGAAACGCAACCCCAGUAUGGCGGCCUGUCAGAUGCUCUGCCAGUGGCUGGAGGAUUGUUUGGCCUCCAGCACAUCUAACAGGCCCUGCGGUAUUAUGCAGACUCCAUGUUUGUGCUGGGACCCACCACCGCAACUCAGUGAGGGAGACAGCUGUUAUCUCAAUGGAGUUUACCUGGAAAACUGUUUAUCCAGUGUGAAAGAGAGUGGAAAAGAUGCAGAGCUAAAUGGUGGCUGGAGUGUGUGGGGUCAGUGGGCACAUUGCAGCAGCGAGUGCGGCGGUGGGAUUCAAACGCGAACUAGGAGCUGCCAGUCACCACCUGAGGAGUCGUACAUGUGUGAGGGUGUAGUGGAGGAGGGACGACCCUGCAACACACAGCCCUGCACCGGCAAAGGUCGCCAUCUCUCUCGCAGCCAAUCGCUUCGCUCGGUGGACAGUCGCAAGCGUGAUGAUGUAGACAAGCCCCGCAGCGGACAGCAGAAUGCUCAGACAGUAGACUCAGCUGCAGGUGAGGAGUGGUCAGCAUGGAGUGUGUGUUCUGCCACAUGUGGGGAGGGCUGGCAGAGUCGCACUCGUUUCUGUGUGUCCUCCUCCUACAGCACCCAGUGUAGCGGGCCACUGCGAGAGCAGAGACCUUGCAACAACUCUGCUGUUUGUCCAGUGCAUGGUGCUUGGGAGGAGUGGUCACCCUGGAGUUUGUGUUCAUCAACUUGUGGCCGAGGUUACAGGUCCCGAACACGAAGCUGCAAUCCCCCCCAGUUUGGGGGAGAUCCCUGUGUUGGCCCAGAGAAACAGACAAAAUUCUGCAACAUAGCUCUCUGUCCAGCGGAUGGAGUGUGGAAUGAAUGGUCCAGCUGGAGCUCCUGUUCUGCCUCCUGCUCUAAUGGGACCAUGCAGAGAACCAGAGAGUGCAAUGGCCCUUCUUUUGGAGGCUCUGAGUGCAAAGGAGAGUGGUUGGAGACUGUUGACUGCUUCCUUGGAGAGUGUCCAGUGGAUGGCAAGUGGCAGCCAUGGUCCUUGUGGUCGGGCUGUUCUAAAACCUGUGGAGGUGGAAGCCAGCAGAGAAACAGGAUUUGUUAUGGGCCCUUUUUUGGGGGGCAGCCUUGUCCUAGAGAACGACAGGAGGUUCAACACUGUAAUGAAAAGAAAUGUCCAGAACCUCAUGAAAUAUGUGGUGAGGACAACUUCUCUAACGUUGUAUGGAAGAUGACUCCAGCAGGGGACACAGCAGCCGUACGCUGUCCUCCCAAUGCCAUGGGGCUAAUCUUGCGCCGCUGCACCCUGGAUGAAGAGGGUAUUGCUUACUGGGAGAACCCCACUUAUAUGAAAUGCAUUUCCAGUGACUAUCGCAGCAUACAGACUUUGACUCGGGAGCAUUUGUCCAAAGCACAGCGUGGCCUUGUGGGAGAUGGCGUUUCUGAGGUGAUGACCAAGCUGAGAGUUACAUCCAGUGAUGGGACCAGCUACAGUGGUGAUCUGCUAGCCAUCAUGGACGUGCUGAAGAACAUGACAGAGAUCUUCAGGAGGGCAUACUACAGCCCCAGCAGUGCAGACAUGAGGAACUUCAUGCAGUCAGUCAGCAAUCUGUUGAUGGAAGAGAACAGGGAGAGAUGGGAGGAAGCACAACUGCUAGGGCCAAGUAUCAAAGAGCUGUUUCGUCUUGUGGAGGACUUUGUGGAUGUCAUUGGCCUGAGGAUGAAAGACUUUCAAGACAUGUAUGAAGUCACCGAUAACCUAGUUUUGAGCAUCCAUAAGCGUCCAGUGGUGGGUCAUGCAGACAUCAGCUUCCCCAUGAAAGGCUGGAGGGGCAUGGUGGACUGGGCCCGUAGCUCUGAGGACAGAGUCACCAUCCCCAAAAAUAUCCUGUCCACUGGCAAGCCAGAUUCAGACGACACCUCGACGUUUGUAACUGGCAUUGCUCUGUACAGAAACCUGGGCAGCAUUCUGACUCUGCAGAGGAAUAGCACAGUCCUCAACUCCAAGGUUUUGUCAGUGACUAUCAAGCCCACCCCUGCUUCCCUCUCUGCUCCCGUUGUAGUUGAAUUCUCUCACAUGUACAACGGUACCACCAACCAGACCUGUGUAUCUUGGGAUGAGAGCGACAGCUCCUCUCUGCUGGGAUCCUGGUCUGCCAGGGGCUGCAAAGCCGUGCUAGUCGACUCAUUCAGAACCAAAUGCGUGUGUGACAGACUGUCCACCUUCGCCAUUUUAGCACGGCUAAAUCCCGAAAUGAACAUGGAUAAGACACAGCUCCCGUCUGUGACACUGAUUGUGGGCUGUGGAGUGUCUUCACUGACACUGUUGCUGCUCAUCAUCAUCUAUGUGUCUGUCUGGAGGUACAUUCGGUCUGAGCGCUCAGUCAUCCUCAUCAACUUCUGCCUUUCCAUCAUCUCCUCCAAUGCCCUUAUUCUGAUUGGGCAGACUCAGACACGGAAUAAAAUCUUGUGCACCCUGAUUGCUGCGUUCCUUCAUUUCUUCUUCCUAUCCUCAUUCUGCUGGGUUCUGACAGAGGCGUGGCAGUCAUACAUGGCUGUGACGGGACGCCUCAGGAAUCGGAUUAUACGCAAGCGCUUCCUGUGUCUUGGCUGGGGUCUCCCUGCAUUAGUUGUGGCUAUCUCAGUGGGAUUCACUAAGGCAAAGGGAUAUGGAACACCAAGCUACUGCUGGCUAUCUCUGGAAGGAGGGCUUCUUUAUGCAUUUGUUGGACCUGCUGCCGCUGUUGUCUUGGUAAACAUGGUUAUUGGGAUUCUCGUUUUUAACAAACUGGUGUCCAAAGAUGGCAUUACUGAUAUGAAACUAAAGGAGAGGGCGGGGGCUUUCCAAUCAGGAACACAUCAGUCUCAGAGGCCCCCUCCCAUGUCAUCAAUGAUUGGGGCAUCACUGUGGAGCUCCUGUGUAGUUUUGCCCCUCCUGGCCCUCACAUGGAUGUCGGCUGUCCUCGCCAUCACCGAUCGGCGCUCUGCACUCUUCCAGAUCCUGUUUGCUGUGUUUGAUUCACUGGAAGGCUUUGUCAUUGUCAUGGUGCACUGCAUCCUGCGACGAGAGGUUCAGGAGGCAGUGAAGUGUCGUGUGGUUGACCGGCAGGAGGACACUAAUGGUGAUUCAGGAGGAUCUUUCCAGAAUGGCCAUGCUCAGCUCAUGACUGACUUUGAGAAAGAUGUUGAUAUGGCUUGCAGAUCAGGCACUGUGAAGCGCUCAUCUCUCCAGGGAGAGGAGAUGUCCUCCUCUGGGGCCCUCACCCUCCAGAAGGGUUCUAACUUCAAUACCAUGCCAGCCAGCAUGGCCAAAGUUCACCUCCAGAAUGUGGCGGACUACACCAGCCACACUCUGACGCUGCGCAGGGAGAAAGGUGCCACUAAAGGAAUUAGCACUGAGCUACCGGGUGCCAAAUCCAUCUACAUCUGCGAGGGUGAGCUCUUCAAGCAGCUGGAUGGAGAGCUGCCUCGAGUUAAUGGUGAGGGUAGCUCUGAGGGCGCUGGGAAAGGCCCGGGGUAUCUCAUUUUACCAACCAACAACACAGGCACCCUGAAGCCAGCCAAAGGCAAAGAGGAACAGACGGCCAAGUACAUCGAGCAGCUGCCCCAGACCAGGCUCAUCCAUUUGGCUAACCCUGCCAGUGGACAGCCAGUGCCUGGCUUUGGGUUGAAUACCCUGCCUGCUGACCAGGUCAGUGUGUCAUGCUCUGACAGAGACUCACCUGCACAUAACCUGCAGACCAUGCCCAGAGACUCCCAGGUGGCUAACAUGUGUGACGGGGGAGACUCUGGAAACUCCGGUGUGAUGUCCAAGAGUGAAACUGUCUCCACACUGUCCACGAGUUCACUGGAGAGACGAAAAUCACGCUAUGCAGAGCUUGACUUUGAGAAGAUAAUGCACACCCGGAAACGCCACCAGGACAUGUUUCAGGACCUGAGCAGGAAGAUUCACAGUGCAGACAAGGAUAGAGAAUCUCCACCUGUUGAUGCCAAAGCUGCCAAAAGAUGGAGUGUGUCCUCUGCCAGCAGUGACAAGACCAACAUGAGUGACAAGCUACAGACCCCGAGUAAGAGGGCGUGGGAUGGCAUCAGAAAGACCCACUCCCCCCCAUCCUGGGUGUGGAGGCAGUGGCAGCCUCUCCUCUGGAGCUGCACACAGUGGAAUGACACCACAGUGAUUGGCCUUAUCUCAGAAGGGGAUGAGACCACCUACCGAGAGGAGGUAGGUGUUCUGUGGCUGCAGGCAGUGAAGGAGGAAGAGCAAGAUGCUGAUGACCAGCAGCAGCUGCAGUCCUCCACCUUGCACUUCACACAGGCUGUUACCAUCCUACUGCCAAAUGAGCUCUUCAAAUGGCAUCAACUGAUCUGUGUCUGUAUCAACCUCUACUACAUGGUUCCUCCAGAUGUUGCACUAAUACACUGCUACGCAGCCCCGGCACUUGGGGCCCGUGAACACAAGGAUGGGACCAGUAGGGCCAGACACUUCAACCAUGGGUAA